AAUACAAAGCCCCCGCAGAAUACACCCAGAUAGCACAUCUUUGUGAUUUCUUAGAGACCACUUUCGCACGCUAAUGAAGAACCAAAGGCGGAGCAGUAACAAAAUAAAGUUUAUAUUAGUUUCUAGGAUUUGAUUGGCGGCUGACACGCAUAGUUUUUGGUUUUCGACAGUACUGUAAAACUGUGCAGGUGUCACUACACACAGCAUCAGUAGAAUCCGUAUUCCACACAACUUCACAAAUCAUGAAUAACACGACCCAUUGUCUAACAGGCAGUGAAACACUGAAUACAGUGUUUCAAGCAAUAUAUGGACUAGAGUGUUCGGUAAUCGUCGUUGCCAACUCGCUGGCUUUGGUGAUUUUUCUUGGAAAGAAGUUGCGACUCAAGAAGUCCAAGUAUCUUCUCGUCAACCUGACAGUGGCUGACCUUCUGACAGGUCUUGUGGGACUUGGAUACACGAAAGUGCGGCAAGAAACUUUUAAUUCUCUGGUACAACCUGGUCAAAUUCAAAAUGUGGAAAUACACCCACUUCUUUCAGUACAUCUUUUGUUUGCAUCCCAAUCUAUGUUGUCCUUGAGUACUAUUGCGAUGGAAAGAGCGUUUGCAAUCCUAAGUCCGUUUCGACACAGACAGACCGAAAAGAAGCACUACUUUACAGUUAUCCUGUCCGCGUGGCUUAUCUCAAUGAUCUUGUCUGGGUUAACGAUGUUAUUUUAUUUGACAUCGAAUCAAAAACCCACACUUAUUUUGAAUGUGGUUGCUAUUUUACUAGAGAUCGGAUUGAUAAUCAUCUCGUACUUCGCAAUCUGGAUCAAAAGGGUCUUCUGCAAAACAAUGAACUCAAGCGAGAAUCAAUUCGAGAAUAAAAAACUGUCGAUUACUCUAUUUAUUCUCAUCGCGACUUCGCUAGUUACAUGGAUGCCGUCAACGAUUUUUAAAACAACUCUUCACCGUGAUGUGUGCAUUAAAAAUAAGUCAAUACAUGUAAUAUCACUCUCUUUAGACAUUCUUUUACUAAGUAACUCAUUUCUAAACGUCGUAGUUUACUCUCUGAGGAUGCCUGAAUUCAGAAAAGCAUUAAGAGAGUUAUUUUGUCGGAAUAAGCCCAACGAGUUUAGGAGCUCCAAGCAUCAAAAAGAACAUGGUCAAGAACCAAAACCAGCGGUCAUAGCCUUUAAAACAUGCGCGUAUGUCAAUGAAGAAGUCGAAGCCCAGAAUUAAAAAGUACAAUCAAUAUUUGUUAGAGGUCGUAAUCAAUAAGAACUCAUUAUUCAGAAAAGUAGUAAAUCUAAUAAACUACACAACAAAAUAAAUAAAAGGUGAUUGAUGAGA